CCGUGAAGACUGGCGAUAUGUCUCUCCGCGAGAAGAAGUGAAUCGAGCAUCUAAUUUGAUUGGAGUGAAUGGGGAGAUAUAGAAACGACAUCGCACUAUUCAGCUACUUCAUCUCUGCAUUGGACCGUUUUCUCCUACAAAUGCGGUUUCUUCCCACUUAGACCUUGACUCGAGUGGUUCAACGUUCGGUGUUUCGCUACAGCCUCUCCUAUUCACCGAGGUCGGUAAAGGUGGGAGCAGACUGCAUCAUGAAGUUCAAACCCAACCAGACCCGAACAUACGACGGCGACGGCUUCAAGAAACGGGCCGCAUGCCUGUGCUUCAAAAACGAACGCGAGGACGAGGUGUUGCUGGUGAGCAGCAGUCGGCACCCGGACCAGUGGAUCGUCCCCGGGGGAGGGAUGGAGCCGGAGGAGGAGCCUUGUGGGGCCGCCGUGCGGGAGGUGUUCGAGGAGGCUGGGGUAAAAGGCAAGCUGGGUCGUUUGCUGGGAGUCUUCGAACAGAACCAAGACCGUAAGAAUCGGACUUAUGUUUACGUCUUGACUGUGACUGAAACCUUGGAAGCCUGGGAGGAUUCAGUCAACAUUGGCCGGAAGAGGGAAUGGUUCAAGGUGGAGGAGGCCAUCAAGGUGCUGCAGAGCCACAAACCCGUCCACGCCGAAUACCUCCGGCGGUUACGCCUGAACUGCUCCUCCAAUUCCAACGGCAACUCGCUCCUCAACCCGAUCCCCAUCAACGACCUUGGGCCUCGCUUCAGCAACCCCCAACCCUCUGUCCUGGGGACCUCCUGUAGAUAGGACUGCAGAGGUUCCCCCUCCCCUACCCCCCUCAUACACACACACACACACACACACACACACACACACACACACACACACACACACAUCCCAGCAGUCAGGAUGCCAUGAAGCCAUGGUGCCACCUCUGUUUGGACCAUCUUCUCAGAAACAUAUCUGUACAGUUGGGAGCUAAUGCAAAAACCCCACCACCUGACACCACCGACGGUUGCAUGAACCCGCCAGUCACCCCCCGCGCGGCCGCCGAUGCCGUAGACGCACCACUCCUCACCUCACGUCACCUCACCCCGGCCGUGUCAUCUCACGAUGUCUGAACUGGAUCCAAACCAAAGCCAUAGGCGCGGGGCGGGGCGGCACUGUGCUCAAGGUCAGGGGGUGGAAGAAUGCCUUAAAUGAGUUCCCCCUUUGCGGUCGGUUUUUCGGGGGUCAGUGCUAAGUGUUCUUGAUGAUUGUUAGAGAAGAAUGUUGAGUUUACAGUCCAGAAUGGGGAAGAGAGUUUGGAAGGGACUUGUGGGUUUUUUUUGUGGGGAAACAGUCGUAGAGAAGUCGACCGCAGCGGUGUCCGGAAUUUUGUGCCAGAAUAUGAGGAUCCCACUUGGAUCGUCUUUCCCCCUCAAAUGGCGGACGGACCGCAUGUCAGCGCACGGUCAAGGGGGAGCAUGUGACGAGACCCCCCAGGUUGCACAAGGAGCGCAGCGUGACGCGGUGGUGAAGAGGUGGAAGUUGGAUGAGGCUCGACCCCGUGGACCUUUCGCAGGGGUGGGCUUAGGUCAUUGCCUUGGGAGUGAUGAAAGAUCUACCUCAGUGUGAUGGAUUCUGGGUAGGCUGGCUUUGUCAGCCGACUCCCUUUUGGACCCUGUUGCUGAGCUGAAAAUAACUGAGGACGCGAGUGAGAACGUAGUUUGUUGUGUUUUGUGCUGCUCUACGAUGUAAACAAAAAAAAACACAAAAAAAAAUGUACCCAGUCUACUCUCAGGCUCGAGGCAUUCCCCAGUCACUCAGUCCUAGACCACCUAAGUUCUUAAGUCCCUCACCUUAAAAGAGAUGAUUCAGCAACAGCUUCACAGAUAAACGUUGACCAUCAUUGUGACCUUAAUAGUUAACAGCUGUUGAUAGAACAUUUAUAUCAUGGAAAGAAUGCUCGGUAAUCACAGACCACAACAUUAAUCACAAAAUUCAUUCACAGCUCACAUUGUGGGGGACAAAAACAUCUGCUGUCACUGGAACCUAAGCACACUGAUAUAAACUCUGGCAGCGCGACACAUAGGCUUAAUCCAACCCAAUCUGAAACUUCUUUUGUGGGUCUUUGGAACUCCAUUAUUUUCCGUCCACUGUACAUCUGGCAAAGUGUCCACGCAUAGCUAUGCAGCGCUGCUUUUAGCUAAUGUUCCAUUUGCAUAUUUAGACCCUGUAGCCUGAGAUAGCCUCAGGAGAGCCUGCUGCUCUUUUGGCUGACCAGUCCCUCCAUCUCCUCCAAAACCAUUCACUUAACAUUUGGCAGCAAACACACUGUCCCUAAACACUCCCUUUUAUCAGUGUCACAGCACGUUCCCCAACUGUGCACAGAGUUAAAUAAAUAACUAGCGAGCCCUUUAGCGUCACUUAGCGGCUAGCCUUUGUGCACUUCCAUUGAGCGACCCUGGGAAAAUAUGAAAUAAUAAGCACCAUGGAUUCAUGUGUUUUUUUUUUUUUUUUUAUCUAUUAUUACGUCCAAACAAAAGUAACUCUCAAGGCAUCCCUUUAACAGUUUGCCCAUUUACUUGUUGAAUUCCCGAGACUUAAGCGGUCUACUCUGUUCCUCAAUGCAGUCAUUCAGUUCUUUAGAAUUUGAAUUUGAAUUGUUGAAUGGGAAGCGACUCCCUUGCCUAAAAGAAAAGAAAAGAGAAGUGAAGGACAGACUCAACAAAUGUUAUGUAAAUAUUCCAAAGGAAAGAUGAAGAUAAUGUGAGUGUGUUCUUUUUUUUUUGGAAAUGCAAAGUGUAUUAAUCUUACUCUGCUGAAUAACUUUUCUAUUCUUUUUUUUCUAAUGAUGUAAAAAAAAAAAAAAAAAAACUGACAGGAGAAGACUGUGAUGAACUCUAUUGUAAAUGUGUGUAUUUUCUCAAAGGUUAAGUGUCAUACCUUCGUCAGAGGGUAUCUUAGCAACACCCCCCACCACCAACACCAACACAAACGCCAUCACAAACACGCGAUGUGAUGCUCCUUCAGAGUGCUCUUAAAGGGGAAGUGUUUGGCAUUGUCUGGCCACCACAUAGGAGGCCUUAAAUGGAUGAGAAUGUAAAGGCUGUAGUACUGUAUACUGUGGGGGAGGUUGUAUUAGUUCAGGUUCCUCCAAAAGGAAUGGAAUUCCAGUAGGGGGCAGAAGAGUUCCUUUCUGCAGGACUAACUGUUGACUGUAAAGUGCUAGGUCCGAGGUGUCUGUCACAUUAUAGGGCCUCACGUUUGACCCUCAGAGGCCUGUCCAACUGUUACACUACACUCCCUUCCCGAGAAACCAGCCGCUGUUGAGACAAGGCAACCAGUAGGCUUCAAAUUUGCUGGGUCCUGUAUGCGGGGAUUGUUACCUUUAAUUCCGACAGAAUUCUCAAGGAAAUCAUUGUGAGUUAGAGCUGCAGAUGAUCAAACUUUUAUAUAUAUGUAAUUUAUUUGUAUGUGUAAAUGAGUUUUUAUCUGACAUUAAUGAUUGCUCUAAUGACGUCUGUUGAAUGGAUAAUUAGUGUUAUGAAAAUGACGAAGUUAUUAUGAAAUUAUGAAAAUGAUUUGUGUUUGUUUGUGCUCCAUUGCAAGUUUGGACACAGCUAGUAAAUGACAAUUGUAUUAAUAUGAUGUCCUUUCACCUCUUUCCUUUCUGAUUGGAAAACUCAAACUCAUGCAGUUUUAUCAGUCCAGUCUGUUUGGGUCGGGGUACUAAAGCAAGAGACUCCCAGUGCCAAGUUGUCCAAUACAUGAUGGAGUGACAUAGUCUGCAAUAUACCACCUCCCCUCUCUAAAGCAUUGCCUUCUCAGAAUGUCUGCUGUGGGCCUGGAAAUAUGGUUCACAAUAUAUUACCUACAUUGCUGGUACUUGUAAAUAUAAUAAUUUCUACUGCAGUAGAUCAGCACCUUCAGAUAGAGCUAAUACCUGGAGACGAGUGUUUGUGUGUGUGUGUGUGUGUGUGUGUUGUGUGUGUGUGUGUGUGUGUGUGUGUGUGUGUGUGUGUGUGUGUGUGUGUGUGUGUGUGUGUGUGUGUGUGUGUGUGUGUGUGUGUGUGUGUGUGUGUGUGUGUGUGUGUGUGUGUGUGUGUGUGUGCGUGCGUGUAUGAAUGUGAGUGUGUGUGAGUGUGCGUGUAAGCGUGCAUGCGUGUGUUUGUGUGUGCGUGCGUGUGUGUGAUGGUCCUGGUUGCCACGGAGACAGGUGUGUGGGCGGUAGAAUCAGGAGCCCUGUUGCUGAUGUGAAUGUCGUAUGCCACUGAUUAGACUGUAGGAGUGAAUGUGGCUGCACUGUCCUGUCUAUCAAUGCAAAGUGGAUGAAUCCCCUCUCUCUUUUUUUCUCUGUCUCUCAGUCUAGUCAAAUGCUAAUAUGUACAGUUGUCAAAAUCAGACGUGUUGAUCAGUCCCUCAAAAAGACUGUAUCAUAUUUUAAGUGAACUUUCAUUAAAAA